AUGGCGGAAGAGCUCGAGGGAACAGCAGCAGCGCGGGAGCCGCCGUCAUGUGCGGCGACGGUGGGCAUCUGGUCGAUGAACGUGGUGGGGUCGGUGGGAAUCAUCAUGGUCAACAAGCAAGUCAUGUCGGGAUACGGCUUCGUCUUCGUCUCAACGCUAACAGGAAUGCAUUUCGCGCUCACAGCCCUCACAGGGGUCGCAUCAGCGUGCGCAGGGCUGGUCCCCAGGCACCUCAGCGUGCCCUUCGGUGUGCUGCUGGGCUUCGCUCUGCUCGGCAACGCCAGCCUCGUCGCCACCAACCUCUCGCUUCUCCUCAACUCCGUCGGAUUCUACCAGAUCUCCAAGGUCAGCAUCAUCCCAACCGUCUGUUUCUUUGAGGCUGUCUUCAAGGGUCGCACGUUCACCCCGCGGGUGAAAGCAGCCGUCGCCGUGGUCAUGCUGGGCGUCGCCCUCUGCACUGUCUCUGAGAUCCAUGUCAACCCGCUGGGACUAGCAGUGGCCGCUUUUGCUGUUCUCUGCUCUGCCAUGCAUAUGAUGCUGAUUGGUCUACUUCAAGAGCGCUACUCCAUUGGCUCCUUCGAUCUCCUCAGCCAAUCAGCGCCUCUCCAGGCCUUCAUGCUGCUGCUCAUCGGUCCUUCUCUCGACCUCCUUCUCACCUCUCGCUCUCUUCUCGACUACCACUACCAGCCAUAUGCCAUUGUCUUCAUAACUCUCUCCUGCUGCCUGGCAGUGGUAUGCAAUCUAAGCGCCUACCUCUGCAUCGGAAAAUUCUCUGCCUCGACUUACCAGGUGUUAGGCCACAUGAAGACUGUACUAGUGCUCGUGCUGGGAGUGGUGCUAUUUGACUCUGCCAUUUCCCUUAAAGCCGUCCUCGGUAUGUGUGUAGCGGUCACAGGAAUGGUCAUGUAUGGCCAUGCCACUGCCGCGCAGGUGAUUGCUGCAGGAGCAGGGGGAGGAGGGGGAGAGGAUGAGGAGACAGACGAGGAAACUGAUGAGGAGGAUGAGCGAGACGGCGAGAAGGGGUUGUUUAGGAAGCAGAAUAUUGAUGAGUAUAGAGCGGGUGAGCUUAAAGAGGGGACGAGAAGGGCAGAGGAGGGGGUGCAUCUUGCACAGGGGAGCAGAGAAUCCCACUCAAACCCCACACAGGGCUCCAAAUCCAAAACCGGUCAGGUGAUUGGAUUGGCGUCUCAAAAGCAAAUUCAAAGACUGGAAGUCCCGUCGAUCGGCCUUGUCGUGUUGCCGCAUCCAGAGCGGUCAUCAGAUUCGAGAAUACAGCACCCACGAAUGCAGGAGCUUAUGCUCGCAGCGGCAUGGAAGGGUGAGGGAGGGAGGGACCUGUUGCGGGAGUCGUCGAGUUUCUCCGAAGGAUCGGUGGUUUCUGAAGGGUCGGUUCUGUCCGAUGAGCCGAGCUUUUCAGAGGAAUACAGGAGCUGA